AAGAGAAUACCGAGAGAGAGAUAAUCUAGCGGACACGACAGGAGAUUGGAAUUUCGUUUAAUGGCGCCGUGAAAUGAGUUACCCUCCCUCUCCCUCCAUUGAAAUUCAGUCUGUUGUCUUUUCUCCGCUCGGAGUCUGAGAGACGACCAUCGCUGGCGACGGUCGCUGAUUAAUUACUCUGCCUACAUAUUUAUUUCUCCACUAUCGAAGUAUAACCGAGGACGGCUUGUUCUCGACUUCAAAGAGGCGCUCUUUAUUUAUCUGUUUUUCGCCAUUGGAGAUCUCUUUCACUAUGGUGGUUCGGUUUCGUUAUUGGCUGUUGGGUUGUUCCUCUGGUGUUUUCUUGUGCACGGGCCUUUUCAAACCCUAGCUGAGAGGGCGUUGAUAGGUGAAGUCUCGUGUUUCCUUCGGCUUUAGAAUUUUUUGGUUGCCGAUGCUCUUGACUGCUUUUUCAUGCCGCCGGAACCCUUGCCCUGGGAUCGGAAGGAUUUCUUCAAGGAGAAGAAGUACGAGAGGCCGGAAGCCUUAGGCCCUGUUUCCAGAUGGAGGGACUGUCACUCUCAUCACGGAUCACGGGAGCUCGCUCGAUGGGGUUCAGACGAGUUACGCAGGCCUCCAGGUCAUGGUAAGCAGGGUGGUUAUCAGCUGUUCUCGGAAGAAUCUGGACAUGGAUGUACGCCUUCGCGGUCAAGUGAGAGGAUGGUGGAAGACGAACUCUGCCGGCCAUCUGCGUCCCGUGCUGAGUGGAAGUAUGGCAGGAACAACAGGGAGAACAAAGGGUUUUUCAGCCAGAAGGAAUGGAAAGGGCACCUGUUGGAUACCAGUGACGCCUCUGUUUGUUCGUCAGGCAGGCAGCAUGAUUUAAGUUCUCAUAGGUCAGUUGAUGAUCUGCUAACAUACACAUCUCACCCUCAUUCUGACAUUGAAAAUUCGUCAUGGGAUCAACUCCACUUAAAAGAUUAUCAUGAUAAGAUGGGUGCAGUGGAUGGCUUGGCCACAGGCCACAGAUAUGACAAAGACCAUACACUGGGCUCGAUUGCUUGGAAGCCUCUGAAAUGGACCCGAUCUAGUAGCUUGUCAUCACGAGGCUCUGGAUUUAGUCAUUCAAGUAGCUCAAAAAGCACCAGAGCCGAUUUGGAUGAUACUAAGCUUGAAUCACAAGAUGGAAAAGCAACUCCAUUUCAAUCCUCUUCUGGGGAUGCUGCUGCAGGUGUAACAUCCAGUACACCAUUUGAAGAUACAUGCUCAAGGAAGAAGCAGCGGCUUGGAUGGGGCCAGGGUCUGGCAAAGUAUGAAAAGGAGAAGGUCGAAGGUCAUGAUGAGACUACCUGCAAAAGUGAAUUGCUCCCAUGUUCCAACAACAUGAGAACAAGCAAUGGUUCCAUUCCAAGUUUAUCUGACAAAAGCCCUAGAGUCACAGGUUUAUCAGAAUGUGCAUCUCCUGCAACUCCCUCAUCUGUUGCAUGCAGUUCAUCACCAGCAGGUAUGGAGGACAAGCCUUAUAACAAGGUGUCAAAUAUUGACAAUGAUGCAAGUAAUUUAAGUAGCUCACCAGGUCAUGGGUGUCAUAGUUGCCUUGAGGGGUUCUCUGCCAUUGCUGAGAAUUUGGAGCUGAAUCCUCUUGCUAGUUUAAACUCACUGCUUGCUGAUUUCCUACAAGCUGAAGAUGCAAGCUCUGGAGACUCUAGUUUUGUGAAAUCAACUGCUAUGAAUAAGUUGAUGCUAUUAAAGGGUGAUAUAUUGAAGGCUCUGGAAAAAACUGAAUGUGAAAUUGAUUUACAUGAAAGUGAACUCAAAUGUUUGAGUUCUGAACCUAAAAGAACUGAUUCUUGUUUGAUUGCAUCCAAAUUCUUACAAGUAGAAGGUGCAUUAAAACCGUGUGAAGCUGCUGAUGACUCAGAACCUGGUCCCUUGAAAGUUGUUGAGGAGCCUCUUCUAUGUAAUGACAGAUUGGAUGAAGUUAAUUGUGAAAUUAAAGAUGUGGAUAUUUAUAGUCCAGGAACUGCUUCCUCCAAAUGUGUUGAACCUCUAUCCUUGGAGAAGCAGGUUUCUUUAUCUGAUGUGGUGAAGCAUGAUGACUGUUCUGUAGCAUGUGACAAUGCCAUGCCUCAUUCUGACACAGAAAGUGUGCUGCAUGCUUCAAUCUUGGCUUACAACAGAGAUUGUGCAAGAAAAGCAUCUGAAGUAUUUAAUAAACUAUUGCCAUCUGAUCGAGAUCAGACAAAUACAGUGGGCUGUAAUAGUGUUUCAUCUGUGCAGAACAACUUGCUCAUCAAAGAGAAGCUGGCAAUGAGGAAGUGUUUUAUAAAAUUCAAGGAGCGAGUUCUUACUCUCAAGUAUAGGGCAUUUCAACACCUGUGGAGGGAAGAUAUGCGUUUGAUUUCUCUAAGGAAGUGCCGUGCAAGGUCUCAGAAACGGUUUGAGCUAAGCUCACGAACUUUGCACAAUGGGAGUCAGAAGCAUCGAUCUUCAAUUCACUCUAGAUUUACUUCACCUGCAGGUAACUUGACCCUGGUUCCUACGACAGAGAUAGUUGAUUUUGCUGGCAAGCUGCUAUCAGAUUCCCAAAUUAAGGUUUGCAGGAAUAGUUUGAGAAUGCCAGCUUUGCUUUUGGAUGAGAAGGAGAAAAGGCUCUCUAGUUUGGUUACAAGUAAUGGAUUAGUCGAAGAUCCAUGUGCUGUUGAAAAGGAGCGGGCAAUGAUCAACCCAUGGACAUCUAAAGAAAAGGAAAUUUUCAUGGAAAUGCUUGCAACAUUUGGGAAGGACUUCAAAAAAAUUUCCUCUUUCCUUGAUCAUAAGACAACGGCAGAUUGCAUUGAAUUCUACUAUAAGAACCAGAAAUCUGAGAGCUUUGAGAAAAUAAAGAAAAAAUUGGAACUUAGAAAACAAGAACAAAGCUUCCCUAGCAACACAUACCUAGUCACCUCAGGGAAGAAGUGGAAUCGUGAUGGGAAUGCUGCUUCACUUGAUUUGUUAGGGGCUGCUUCAGUGAUAGCAGCUACUGCUGAUGCCAAUUUCAAGACAAAGCAAAAUUGUGGUGGAAAGUUGUUUUUGGGAGGGUAUAAUGACCAUAGUUUAUCUCAGGGUGAUGAUUGCAAUUUAGAAGGGUCAAGUAGUGUUGAUAUUCUUGGGAAUGAAAGAGAAGCUGCUGCUGCUGAUGUGUUGGUUGGUAUAUGUGGUGCUUUAUCAUCAGAGGCAAUGAGCUCUUGUGUUACGAGCUCAAUUGAUCCAGGAGAGGGCUGUCAGGAGUGGAAGCGCCAGAAGGUGAGCUCAGUGAAAGAUCGACUGUUGACCCCUGAAGUUUCACAGAACAUUGAUGAUGAAGAAACUUGUUCAGAUGAGAGCUGUGGGGAACUGGAUUCUGUGGAUUGGACUGAUGAGGAAAAGUCGGUCUUCAUCCAGGCACUGAGAUUAUAUGGCCGGGAUUUUGCCAAGAUCUCUCGAUAUGUCAGGACAAGGUCCAGGGAUCAAUGCAGGAUCUUCUUUAGCAAGGCUCGGAAAUGUCUUGGUUUAGAUGUGCUUUAUCCUGGGACAGUCAAUGAAGAAAUGCCAGGGAGUGACACCAAUGGCGGGAGGAGUGACACUGAAGACGCUUGUCUUGUUGAGUUGGAAUCAGCUAUUUGCAGCAACCAGUCAUGUUCCAAGAUGGAGGUUGAUCUGGCAUCAUCUGUGACAAACAUGAAUGGUGGGGUAUCUCUACAGGUAGAACCCUCCCAUCUGCAGAUUGACUUGGAUAGAUCAGGUGAAAAACAUGGGAUAGAGACACAAAAUAGAGAAGCCUCUGAGAUGAAAGUUGAAACCAUGGUGCCAGACGAGUGUCGGGCAGGGGCAGAGUCUGCCAAGGUUUUAGAUGCUGAUAACAAUUCCAUUGGCCCAGAGGUGGUUAACAGAGAUGAUGUGAAUGUAGAUGUGGUUUUGAACAGUGAGCCAAACGUGCAACUUUCUGGAAGUGUUGCUUUGGCUGAUGAGAGAGAGAUUGUUAAAGAACCACAUACUGAUAAAGUCAUCGUUCCCAAGGAAGAGCCUGUAUCUGCAUGUGAACAGGAGGAAGUUGGCCAGUUUAAAUCAAUUGCUGCAGCUGAUCUCCACCCAUUGCCAUGUAGUGAUUGUGAGGACUCUAAAGUUGAUCUAGAUAAAAGACAAGAAGUGUCUGAAAAAGUGCUGAUUGAUGGGCAGGAUCCCGCAAAUGGUAUAGACAGAAAUAGUUGUACAGGUACAUCCUGCAUCUUCACGACUGAAUCAAGUGCAAAGAGGGAAGGUGUUAAUCCAGCAUAUACUCUACCUGCUACAUAUCCUCAUCAGAUUCCUCUAGAGCUUCUUUCUUCUAUACAGAAGCCUCAGGUCGUCUCUUGGCAGCAAAAAGAGAACGUCCCUUCAGUUUCUGUUGGGUUGGAUUCGUCAGUCCAUUGCAAGGACCAGUUAAAGCAAUGUAGGGCGUCAUCAUCAACCCUUGAUUUUGUGGUACAUGGUGACAAGCAACAGCAGAAAUCUUCAAGUGCAGAUGUUUUUCAGCAAAUUCUGUUGGGACAUGAGUCACUGAACCGGGUUGAGCAUUCCCAGAUUCUCAAAGGGUAUCCACUGCAGGUGCUGAAUAAGAAUGCCAAAAAUACGGAUGUAGAUACAAAAAGUGGUGAGGAAUCUUCUAAGGUCCAAAGCUUCUCUAAGAUGGAAAGGAAAUCCCAACAUAGCCAGUACAUGCAGGAACUAUACCAUGAAAAGUGCAAUAGUUCAAGAUUUACCCAUUCAGUGGCUGAGCUCCCACUUCUGCCAAAGGGUCAAGAACCAUCUCCAAUUGAUCAUCCAAGGCCUCAUUCUUGGAGUAGCUCAGAUACAGAAGAACAGUCACGAAGAACUGGAGAUGUCAAACUAUUUGGUCAGAUACUGAGCCAUCCGACUCCUGCUUCAAAGCGAAAUUCAAGUUCUCCAGAGAACAAUGAAAAUGGGGCAUCGUCCAAACUAGGCAGCAGUUCAUUCAACUUGAAGUCUACUUCCAAUCAUGCGGUUGAUGGAGUUGCAGUUUCAAUAAAGCUUGAUAAUAGCAAUUAUUCGGGAUUGGAAGAUUUUCCAGCGAGGAGUCAUGGUUUCUGGGAUGGGAGCAGAAUACAGACUGGGCUUUCGUCGCAACCAGAUUCUGCUAUGCUAUUGGCAAAAUAUCCAGCAGCAUUCGGUGAUUAUUCAGCACCAUCCUGCAGGGUAGGGAAGCAACCAGUGCCAGUUGUCAAGAGGAAUGACCUGAACAUGGGUUGUGUGUCAGUAUUUCCAACGAAGGAUUUAGAUGGAAUUGGAGGUUUGGCAGAUUAUCAGGCAUACAGAAGCUAUGAUGGAACGAAGUUACAGCCAUUUACGACAGUGGAUGUGAAGGGACAUGGCAUAUUCUCGGAGCUGGAGAAGAGGAAUGGAUUUGAAGUGACUAGUUUUCAACAACAGGGAAGAAGUGUUGUGGGUGGAGGGAUCCUUGUUGGAGGGAAUUGUCCAGGCGUUUCAGAUCCGGUGGCAGCAAUAAAAAUGCAUUAUGCCACCUCUGAACGCCAACGGUAUAGUGGGCAGGCUCAGGCUAGUAGUAGUAGUAGUACGAGGGAAGAUGAAUCGUGGCAUGGCGGAGGAGACCUAGGAAGAAGGUAAACAGACUUGGUUAAUCAAUCUAUCGUAGGUGGGAUUUUGCGGCGCUUGUUUUUUUUUGUCGCUCUCUGUAUUAUAAUAGCUUUGCAACCUCUCUCAAUGAAAAUGGGCUGAUUUUACUUCCGUCUUUCUCA